GUUUUCAACUGUUUGAAUUUUGUACCGCAUCAAAACGACCAUAUUCGUAUAGCAAACUUUGGUGGCAAACAUUGACAUAGACCUCUUGCUGGAAAAGAGAAUUGUUCUUUUAAAAUCAAUCCGUUUCUUUUUACAAUUUUUUGGCAUUAUUACUCACAAUUGAACGAUUUGUUCUUGUUGUGUUGUGUUCGAAUUAGUUGUUGUCCAUUACUUCAGUGUGCACUUGUUAAUUGUCUUGACAAAGAAAACCCGAUAAGCAGUGGAACGAAAUUGAAAUGGACAGUGAACAUAUAUCUCGUUUACGUGAAGAAAUGAAUGCAACGACGCAUGAUUUUCUCACUGAAUUUACGCCAAAACUUGACAAACUCUUCCACAAAGAGCUUAGCUCCGUUUAUUUGGAUCGAAUGAACGAACACUUGCAAACUUUUUACAAUGACGUACUGGCUGAACUGGAAAAUAAACAAGCUGACAUGACCACAAGAAUUGAUGAGCUACUCAAAGAGGCUCUGGAAUUGAAACGCAAGCUGAACGUCGAUUUUGAAUUUGACUUGGACCGUAGCGAUGAUAUGCCGUUAAUGGUGUACCAGGAAAAACUUGAUUCCGAUUUAAAUGAAAUGCGUGAAAAAUAUCGCCAAAAGAUGAAUCAGAUUGAUGAAUGUCUGAAGACGCAACAGCUGCUUUGUGAAGAGCUCAACGAAAGUCUUCGAGAAUUAUCUGUUGAUCCGUUGGCUGGCGAUGCGGAGAUUUAUGACUUCGAGAAAUAUUUGCUCGAUUUGAAAAGUGAACGGGCACGCCGUCUCAAUGAAAUCGAAUGUGUUCAACAUGAGAUUCAGGCGUUAUGCGAGGAAAUGGGCAUGGAAAUUGGCAAUCUAAAUCAAACAAUGCCUUUGCCCACAAAGGAAAACAUAGCAUAUUUGCAAAGUGAACGUGACCGUUAUCAGAAACAGAAGGACGAAAUCAAACACGAGUGUGAAAAACUAUUGGAGAAGCUAGAAAUGCUUUGGGAUUGUUUGCAAGCACCGAAAUCGGUUCGGUCAAAGUUUCGUUCCGUUGCUGCCCAGUUUAAAGUUUCAUCGGUGGCGGAAUUGAAUCAGGAGCUGAAGAUGUGCAAGAAGGUGAGGCAGGAGAAUAUCAAACUUUUUAUUGAUCAGUUGCGCAUCAAGUUGAUUGAACAGUGGGACAAAGUAUAUAAAUCGCAAGAGGAACGGGAUAAAUUUGAAUUUCUGCGCAGCGAAAUGUAUACUGAAGAUUUGCUUCAGCUGCAUGAAAUGGAACUUGAGGAAUGCACCAAGUUUUACAAUGAAAACAAAAACAUCUUUGAAUUGUUCAUCUCACGAAAUCAAUGGUGGGAAAAGAAGAAGGCAUUAGAAGCCAAACAAAAUGAACCGAAUCGCUACAACAAUCGCGGGGGACAACUGCUGAAAGAGGAAAAAGACCGUAAGCAAACGGAUAUCGAAAUCCCAAAAAUCGAGAGAAGAAUCAAAACAUUGGCCGAAGAGUUUCGUCGGCAGAAUAAUCGUGACUUCCCCAUAAAUGGUGUGUGUAUCAUACAAUUGAUGGAACAAGAUUGGGAGAUUUACAGAGACUCAAAGGAGUUGCUGAAGAGCGCAAGGAAAGCAACACCAUGUAAGGUGGCAAUUACGCCGAGAACUCCACACGGCCAUGUUACAUUGAAACGAAUGGCUUCAACGACCAAUUUGGGCAUGACAACUGGAAAUUUGGCAAAAAAGAAGAGAAAUUUGGAAGAAAACUUUGCUCCGCGCGUAAUAAAUCGAACAGCAUCUGUACAAAAGUUUACGGUGGCCACAGCCCCGUCAUAUUCAGUUCGAUCACAUACAAAAAGAAAUUUACUCAAUCAAUACAACGAUGAAAAUGUGUCUGGAUUUGCCAAGCCCAGUGGCAUGCAGCAAAAGCGAAUGAUGACCGUCAAUAAAAAACACGGGACGCUUGUUAACAUUUCUGCCAGCAAAAUACUGAAGAAAUACCGUCUCUCCAAUCGUCGUCAAUCGUCUCAUAAGGGGAUCGUUUCGGAUGAAUCACUCGUUAACUAUGAUGCAUUUGAGAAUAACAUCAAAACAUCCCAAGUUUCGAAUUCUUCAGUUGUUGGCGUGGGCAUGAAGGAGAAUUUUCCACAUUCUGAAGGACAUUCGAAGCCCGCAAAGAAUAACAACUAUCGUGCAAAGUCACCAUUGAAGCCGUCAAAUCUGGGAGUGUUGCAAACCCACAAUGUUAUUGAUUUAGUUUAAAAUAAGGCGUUCGACAAACAGUAUUUUCUUUACGGUAUUACAUAUGGACAAAUAAAACAUUCUUAUUCAAUUCAUUAUAAA